AAAACCUUCCCCCUACCCCAUGGCCCGCCCCCUACAGCCCUGUUCCCCACCCCUACAAGACGGGAACUGAGAAAAGAAGAGGGCCUUGGACAGAAGACAUCAUGUCUGACUCCCUGGUGGUGUGUGAGGUGGACCCGGACCUGAAGGAGAAGCUGAGGAAAUUCCGUUUCAGAAAAGAGACGGACAAUGCCGCCAUCAUAAUGAAGGUGGACAAAGACCGGCAGAUGGUGGUGCUGGAAGAAGAAUUUCAGAACAUUUCCCCAGAGGAGCUUAAAUUGGAGUUGCCAGAGAGACAGCCGAGGUUCGUGGUCUACAGCUACAAGUAUGUGCACGAGGAUGGCCGGGUUUCCUACCCUUUGUGUUUCAUCUUCUCCAGCCCUGUGGGCUGCAAGCCUGAACAGCAGAUGAUGUACGCGGGAAGUAAAAACAGGCUCGUGCAGACGGCAGAGCUCACAAAGGUGUUUGAAAUCCGCACCACUGAUGACCUCACUGAGGCCUGGCUUCAAGAGAAGUUGUCUUUUUUUCGUUGACCUCUGAAGCAGAGACAUGAAUUCCUGAUGUUUGAGUCCCCAAGGGAACUGAAGACUAAAAUCCUUAAGAUGAGAGCAUCCAAGACUGUAAAGCAAUUAAAAACGCAAGAACUCAGA